AUGUGGGAUAUCUGUUGGGGUGUCCAAGGAACCGCUCCAGCCUUCAGCCUUCGCUGGAGGGUCCAAAGAUCUGCUCCAGCCUCCUGCUUCCGGUGGUGGGUCCGAGGAGCCCGUCUGGCCAUCACCGUCACCUGGGGCUUCCAUGCCGUCGCCUGCAGUGCCACCACCUGCGGCUUCUACCACCUGCAUCUUCCAUGCCGUCGCCUGCAGCUCCAACACCUACGGUUUCCAAAUCCUCGUCUGCAGCAUCACCCUAGCCUGCAGCAUCAUCCUCGCCUGCAGCAUCAUCCUCGCCUGCAGCUUCAGCCUUGCCUGGCCCUGCGGUUGCCAUGCCGCCGCCUUUUUCAUGGUCAGCACCUCAACAUCACCGGCCACCUUCCAGGCUGCUGGUGGGACUUCAUCACUGUCAUGGACGGCCUCCUGAACGACCUCCUGAAAGGUGUCGCUGCCGCAGCCUUCCGCCCGGCCGGCCUCUGGAUUUGUUCCGCCCACGUCGCCACCGUCUUCCACGCAGCUAACCUCCGAGAUGGCUUUCUUGAUAGAUGUAUCAUACAGGUUCUUCUUGACUCAUACUCCUGCUUUUGUAAUUUCAUCUUUUUGCUGCCCUUACAGGGGGAAAAACAAAACUUCACUGUCUACAAUAAAACACUAGAACGUGUGUUUCAGACAAUAACACCCAUUGCAGAUGUUGAACAACCUCGCCCUGAUCGCUGCAGGAGUUGUGCAGUGGUGGGGAAUUCUGGAAAUUUGAGAGGAUCUCAGUAUGGACCGCUGAUUGAUUUCCAUGAUAUCGUGAUAAGAAUCAACCGUGGGAGGACCAAAGGUUUUGAAAGAGAUGUUGGAACUAAAACAACUCAUCAUGUCAUGUAUCCAGAAAGUGCUACUAGAUUGGACAACACCACUUAUCUUUUGUUUUUUCCAUUCAAAACACCUGACUUUUUGUGGCUUCUGAAGUCAUUAAUUCCAGGGGAAAAUGGUGCUCCAAACUCUAACAAGAUAGCUAACAAAGAUUUGGUGUCGAUCCUUCAUCCAGCUUUCAUGAAAUAUGUUCAUGAUGUCUGGCUGAGAAAGAAGGCUGCUUAUCCAUCCACUGGCUUUCUUGCUGUUGUUCUAAGCUUAUUAAUGUGUGAUGAGGUUAAUGUCUUUGGGUUUGGAGCAGACAGCGAGGGAAACUGGAGCCAUUACUUUGAAAUCCUUACAGACAAACGGUUAAAAACAGGAGGCCACCCAGGAGAAGAAGAAUAUAAAAUGAUUGUUAAAUUACACAUGAAGAAGAAAAUUUUUUUUUUUAAAGGAUGGUAAUUUCCUUUACUUUUUCAUUUGUCUCCUUAUCAUUUUCAAGUCAUCGUCAGUGAUAACCAUAACUCCUUAAGAAUAUGUAAAUUUAGUUCUUAAAAAAAAAUCAGUGACCAGCAAAACCAAACAGCAAAAAGUACAAUUACUGAAACUGACACACACGGUUUGGGAUUGUUAGUAAUGAAGACUCAGACCUCAGGAGAUAAACAUCUGUUAAUAGAAUCAUCUGUUAAUCCAGUGGUUCCCAAACUGUUUUUUUGGCAGAUAUAGACAAAAUACUGUUACUGUUAAUCUUACUAUCUUGAGUUUUUACACGCUUACAUAUACACACGAAGUUACUGUCCCUCCAUUUAGA